UGAAAGCAGAUGAUAUAAUCACGCUAAAGAUGAUGGCCAGAGUCCGAAAGUUUUUCAAUAAAACCAUUAGAUAAGAAAAAGAUACAUCGUUAAUUAACGCGGGUGAUCGUAGUAGUAGUAUUUAUAUAAAUUAGUAUAAACAAUUUUAAUUUUAAUAUCGUUGAAAUUUGCAUAUGAAAUGUGGGCAUAUCUCAAAAUUCCACUGCAAUAUACUGCUCGUAGACCAGCUGUUUGGAAUACCAAUACAGUUUUCACCAUUGUAGGUGCCAAAUGCAAGUGUACAUAUCAGGCUGCUUUCGAAAAGAAAGGGUUAGUAGAUAGGAAACCGAGUAGUUUUUUUGACAGAAGUCAGUUGAAGUACGCGAGAAGAUUAGUGGUAAAAUUAGGUAGUGCUGUUAUAACCAGAGAAGAUGAGAAUGGACUCGCUUUAGGAAGAUUGGCGUCAAUAGUGGAACAAGUAGCAGAAUGCCAAAAUGAAGGAAGAGAAUGCAUUAUGGUUACCAGUGGCGCUGUUGCUUUUGGAAAACAAAGAUUGACACAAGAAUUACUUAUGUCCCUCUCUAUGAGAGAGACUCUAUCUCCUACUGAUCAUACACGCGAGGAUGCCGUAGCAUUGGUCGAACCUAGAGCAGCGGCUGCAGUAGGACAAUCAGGUCUUAUGUCCCUCUACGAUGCUAUGUUUUCUCAAUACGGUGUGAAAAUAGCACAAGUUUUAGUGACUAAAGCUGAUUUCUACAACGAGGAAACCAGAAAAAACCUAAUAAGCACCUUAACAGAAUUAAUUAGUUUGAAUAUCGUGCCUAUCAUUAACACAAAUGAUGCGGUUUCACCGCCACCACAAAUAGACGAACCUAUCGGUGAUAAACCUGGAAAGAGGGGUAUUUCAAUCAAAGAUAAUGAUAGUUUGGCAGCCAUGUUGGCUGCAGAAAUACAAUCUGAUCUGCUUAUAUUGAUGUCUGAUGUUGAUGGAAUUUACAACAAGCCACCAUGGGAAACAGGAGCUAAGUUCUUACAUACUUUCACAUCUGAUCAACGAAAUACAAUUGAAUACGGGCAAAAGAGUAAAGUUGGUACUGGAGGUAUGGAUUCUAAGGUUAAUUCAGCUACAUGGGCUUUGGACAGGGGCGUGUCUGUGGUUAUUUGUAAUGGAACAUUGGAUAAAGCUAUCAAAACUAUUCUUUCAGGAAGAAAAGUUGGUACAUUUUUUACUGAGCAUUCUCUCUGUGGAUCUGUUUCUUCUGAAGUAGUUGCAGAAAAUGCAAGAAUUGGUAGUCGCAUUUUAGCCUCUCUGUCACCAGACCAACGGGUAUCUUGCGUUCAUACUCUAGCCGAUCUUUUAAUUAGUAAACAAGCAACAAUUCUAGAUGCCAAUCAAAAGGACCUACAGGAAAGUGCGAAAGUAGGUUUGGCCAAGCCACUCUUAUCGAGAUUAUCAUUAACCCCUGCGAAACUCAAAAAUCUUUCGAUAGGUCUGAAACAAAUAGCAGACAGUAGCCACAACAAUGUAGGUAGAGUGAUAAAGAGAACCAAAUUGGCUGAUGGCUUGAUAUUGAAACAAAUAACAGUACCUAUCGGAGUAUUGAUGGUUAUUUUUGAGUCUAGACCGGAUUCCUUACCACAAGUAGCUGCUCUUGCGAUUGCUUCAGGUAAUGGAUUAUUGUUAAAAGGUGGCAAGGAAGCCAUGCAUAGUAAUAAAGCUCUUAUGGAAGUAGUUACUGAAGCAUUGAAAACUGUUGGAGCAGAAAAAGCUAUAUCAUUAGUAUCUACGAGAGAUGAAAUCAGUGAUUUAUUAUCGAUGGAAAAUCAUAUAGACUUAAUUAUUCCUAGAGGUUCGAACGAAUUGGUUCGAAGUAUUCAAAAACAAAGUCAAAACAUUCCAGUUUUAGGACAUGCUGAAGGUAUUUGUCACGUGUACGUAGAUAAGGACGCGGAUUUAGAGAAAGCUAUAAAAAUAGUUAAAGAUUCAAAAUGUGACUACCCCGCAGCCUGCAACGCCAUGGAAACUCUUCUAAUUCACAAAGACCUUAUGAACGGAUCAUUUUUCACAGAUAUUUGUAGUAUGCUUAAGCAGGAGGGAGUUAAGCUGAAUGCUGGACCAGUUCUUCAUGAAAUGCUCACUUUCGGUCCACCAGCUGUUAAAACCAUGAAACAUGAAUAUAGCGCUCUUGAAUGCUGUAUUGAGGUUGUUGAUGGUAUUGAAGAGGCUAUUAAACAUAUUCAUAAUUACGGUAGUGCACAUACCGAUGUUAUCGUAACUGAAAACAAGGAAAGUGCCAAAAUCUUCCAAACGCAAGUAGACAGCGCCUGUGUAUUCCAUAACGCUAGUUCAAGAUUCGCAGAUGGAUUUAGAUUUGGUUUGGGAGCAGAAGUAGGCAUAAGUACUGGUAGAAUUCAUGCCAGAGGUCCUGUGGGAGUUGAAGGACUGUUAACUACCAAGUGGAUUCUCGACGGGGAAGAUCACACUGCAGCCGAAUUCGCCGAUGGUGGGAAAAGAACAUGGAUACAUGAAUCUUUACCCGUAGAGUAGAUUAUAUAAUUAAAUAAUUUAUUGAAAUAAAGUUAAAGAAUAAGUACCCAAGUAUCAGUAGUAACUUUCCUGAUGCAAAAUAUUGCUUUCUCAUCUAUUUUUGUAACUAUUCAUUCAAAUUAAAAAAAUUUCAUGUGAAGUAAAUGUGUUACAUGCUAUUUAAAAAAUUGUGACGGUUUUUCCAUUUUUAUAGAAUAAUAGUUAAGAGGUGAAAUGAGGUCAGCUGUAUCUCAGUUAGAAUUUCAAUGUUUUUGACGAUUUAAAUAAUUUAUGGCUGUGCAGUAUUGAAAACUUCAAGUAUUAGCAUAGUCUACAAUUAUUAUUUUUUUUGUGUUUUUUGCUUGAUCUCACUUCAAUAAUUUUGAAACUUUCUUUUCAAAUUUAUACUGAGGCUACCUUAAUUUAAUGUAUUUUGACGAAUACUUUCAAACAGAUGUAGUUCCCUCUAUCCCCACGGUACCUACUUUCUUGUGAAGGACAUCAUUUGAUUUGUAUAUUAUUUUCCUAAAUUAUGAAUAUCGGUUAUUUUUACGUGUGAUUUUCAGUCAAUUUUAGUUUACUUACCUUUUUAAUUUCGAUUAUUUCCCAACAUUCAGGUUCAAUUUAAAAAAUUGAGCUUUUUCCUCUAGGAUAAAAAGAAGUGGAAAUUUUUACAAAAAUUGAUUUUUUUAUUCCAUUUCUCUAUUUGAACGUGUUUAAUUGUCUUUGUCAAUUCUUAUUAACGAAUACUUUUAUAACUGCCACCGCUUUAACAUUAUGCGAUUAUGUUUUGCGUCUAUACCUAAAAAAAUUCUUACAACUGCUUGGCAACAAGAUUGUAUAAAACUUUCACAUCACUCACCUGGUAACCUUUUUUUUAGCAUAUUAAAGCAAUAAUCUUCAAGAAAAAGAGCCAGUUCUUCAACAGGGAGAUUCACUCUUCCAAAAUCACAUAAUUAUCCUAUAAUCUAAGCACACAUAUACUUGAUCUUGAUAUUUCUAGUAUUGUUGAGUGUUAACUGUUGAAUCUCAACGGGAGUAUUUUGACAUCGGAACAAUUUUUAGGUAAUGAUUUUACUUAGUAACUCGGGCCCUUGAAUCACCAAGUUAACCUAAAUUUUUGUAUAAAAUGAGACAAUAAUUAUAUAUAUUAUUAAUAGUAAUAUUUUGAAAUUAAUUUAUUUUCAACAUAAUUUGUUGUUAAAUUCUCUUAGUGAAUAUCUCGUGAGGUUAAUUAUUUUCGACUAGGUUUCUUCUUUUGUAUAUAAUCUUCGGCUUGUUUAUGUCUUUAAUAAAUGUUUUUGUUGUUUAUAUUAUAAAUUACUUAGUGUCCCAUUCUACAAUAAAGCACUACACACAAAA